GGACAGGACAGCGGGGGUGAAUCAGCCCAGCUCCAUCUGACUGUCUUUCCGGAGCGCAGAAGCCGAGUUUUCCGAAGGAUUUACAAUACAAACAUGGGAUAUAGGGAAUCGUGUGCCCUGUACUGGGCAGAAUUCUGGGAUUAUGAAACUCCCAAAGUUGUGGUGGUUAAAAACCGAACUUUAGGAAUUAUCUACAGAAUUAUCCAACUUCUUAUCAUUUUAUACUUUGCUCUGUAUGUUUUCAUUAUUCAGAAAUCAUACCAAGAAAGAGAGAAUGCUCCUGAGAGUUCUGUCAUCACCAAGAUGAAAGGAAUUGGAAUGUCAAAUUCAUCCAUGGGAAUGAAAAUAUGGGAUGUGGCAGAGUAUGUUCAUCCACCAGAGGGUCGAGAUAUUUUCAGCAUUACUGUGCGAACUAUAACCACACCAUUGCAGAGGCUGCAAACCUGUCCUGAGAAUGACAAAGUUCCUGGAUCUAGAUGCUCGUCUGACUCAGAUUGUCUGGCUGGAGAAAUGGAAUUACUUGGAAAUGGCGUGAAAACUGGGAGAUGUGUAACGUAUCAUGAUUCGAUAAAGACCUGUGAGAUUUAUGCUUGGUGUCCAGUGGAGAACAGAUUAUCAAUAAGGGACUCUGUAUUGAAAAUGGCACAGAAUUUCACCAUAUUGGUCAAAAACAGUAUUCAUUUCCCCAGGUUUGGGUUUACAAAAGGAAACUUUCAGAAAAGCAGGCAUCCGAGUUAUUUGAGAAACUGCAGUUUUGAUGAGGAGACUGAUCUUUAUUGUCCCAUUUUUCCAUUGAGCUUCAUUAUUGAAAAAGCAGGAGAGACGUUUGAUGAACUCAGCCAAACGGGAGGAAUCCUGGGAAUAAUAAUAAGCUGGAUCUGUGACUUGGAUAAGGCAGCUUCAGAAUGUAACCCUCAUUAUUCCUUUAGAAGACUUGAUUCUGUUUCCCAAGGUAGUGAAUCUUCCUUAGGAUAUAAUUUCAGGCAUGCAAAGUACUACAUGGAGAACGGCACUGAAUACAGGACUUUAAUAAAAGUGUUUGGGAUAAGAAUUGACAUUGUUGUUCACGGUGAGGCAGGGAAGUUUGAUAUUGUUCCAACAGUUAUUAAUAUUGCUGCAGCCCUCACGUCUAUUGGAGUUGGUUCAUUCCUUUGUGACUGGAUUUUGCUGACCUUCAUGAACAAGAAUGAUGUCUACAGUGCAAGGAAGUUUGAAGAGGUUAUUAAAGAAAGAAUUAUACUGGCAGUCAAUGAGCAUGGAGCUUCAGAACAAGAACUGAAAGCAAUUCAAGCAGAAAAUUGCAAACAUUGUUGAUUUCCAUAUUAUGUUUCCAUCUUGAAGUGGGAUGCAGAUAAGGUAUUCAAAAAAGUUGAGUGGGUCUUGGGAAUCAAAUAAGGUAGACAAUCUCCCUGAACUUUCUUGGUUUCAUUUACGGGGUGAAAAUUGUUAUAAUGUUAGCACUAUAAAACUUUUUAGGCAGGAGAUAAUGCUCACGUUCAUUUUCAUUUUAUAACACAUCUUAACUGCCCUUGAGAUGGACAGAUAACAAGUCAAACUAAUGCAGCCCUGAACCAAUUGUAUGCUGACACCGCUAUUAAGGUUCAAUAAUAAAUAUGAUCACAUUUUAACUCUUCAGUAUUGAAGGGACACUGCCGUUUGAGCCAAUUCCUUAUUUUGUCAGCUGUGUAAGAGUGAGUAAUUACACAUUUUUUUAAAAAAGUAAAAUAUAGAAUUUUAACAAGUAUAUAAACUGACAAUGUGGCAGUUCUAAUGGUCAGAAUGCUGUACCUAAAUAAUGGAUAUUUUGAAUUCUUAGUCUAUGAUGUAGAAAAUUGAUGGACAAGGCAAAAGCAGCUGAUCCAUUAAACUUGCUUUAAACCUCACAAUGGUACAAUCAUCUGAAAUAGUUAUUUCCCACUUUCUCAAAGCAGUCAUGUAGGCACAGAGUAAACAAAGACCUUGCGGGGGUCAAUAAGUUACAAAAGCUUUCUGGAAAACUCCAGUCCAACCUUCUCAGAUGAUUAAAACUGAUCUAGGAGGACGAAGGAACAUUUGCUAUCUAUAGAGAUACUUGGAUAUAAUGUAAUCCAAGUCUAGCUUUCCCAUCAUGGUGUUCAGAGAGUCAGCAUCAGCACACCAGUUGUCAAUCUAUUCCAUGGCCUUACCACUCCUUAGGAAAAGAACAACCCCUUAAAAUCAGUCUGUUCUAAUCUUGGACUGUUCAAACUUGUGCUCCUCUCCAUUCUGUUAAACUGGAAUAUCCUCUUAAUGGAUAUGUAAUCCAAACCUUUGCUUAUUUUAUACAUUUCUAUCAGAUUGCUUCUAGGUUUACAAAACUAGUGUAACUAGAUCAAGCUCCAUAAACCUGUUUUAAGUGGCUGAAAAUGGCACUCUUUUUCAUUUAUAUUGAAUGGUUCUAUUAAUAUUACAUUAUAACUACUGUUAGCUUUAGCUGUAACUUCAGCUUUAGCAGUAACUUGUGCUGUAAAAAUGCCUGCCGCUAUUCAGUUCAAAGUUUUAAAGUACCUGAGCAAUAAACAGACAACAGUAGCUGCUUUCUGAACAUAUUUAUGGAAUUUAACAGAUAGCAAAUAAUGACAAGGAUACAUAUAUAGUUUUUGAUGAGUGCAAACAAAUAAGCUUACUGAUUUUGGUUAGGAGUUCUCAUAUAUUCUUAAUAGUAAUAAAUUUGAACUCUCAUUCCAUUUAUAUUCUUUUAAUGCCUGUAUUUAUAUUGGAAUGCAUUGUGCAUUGUUACCAGCAACAUUUUAACAAUUCCUUUUAUUUUAUUUUCUUAACGAAAUUUUCUUUUACCUUGUUUGACAUCUGUGCCAAGUGACUAUGAUCACCUGAGGAAAGGGAUCGCUAUUGGGGUUGAUAUUGAGCUCUUUUUGAUAAAUAUUAAUUGAUACAAACGAGAUGCACAAUUUCACAGUUUGCAGAUACCCCAAAAUUUGAAAAUGAGGCAAACAGUGAGGUGGAAAUUAGCAGACUUAAGGAGGACACAAACUGGUGAAAUGAGUUUAGAUAUAGCAGAUGGAAUUCAAUGCAGAGAAAUGUCAAAUGAUACAUUUUAAAGGUGCUACAGGACAGGCACCUUGGGGGUUCUUACAUAUAAAGCUUUGAUGGUGCCAGGAAGAGCUGACAAAGCUGUUCAGACAAAAAUCUUCAUAGACUAUUGAUCAGGCUGCAGGAUUGAGUCAAUUCAUGCACCACAGUUUACAGAUGAUAUCAAGACGAUGAUGCAAGGUGCAGAGGAAAUUUAUCAGAAGACUUGGAGACUCCAGUUAUGUGAAGAGAUUACAGAAUUCGUCAUUUAACAGUGCAGAAGAUGAAUUGGAGGUUAAAAUAGGUGAAGAAAAUAGACCAAAUAAGGAGAAACUGUUUCAAUUUCCAAUUAUGGGGAGGCAGGUAACCAAGGGGUCAUAUUUAAGAUAAUUGGGAAAAAAAAAACUGGGAUAAGAUUUAUUUUGCAGCAUGUUAUGAUGACUUGGAGUGCACAAUUCUGAAAGAAUGAUGUAAGUAGAUUUAAAAUAAACUUUGAGUCAAAAUUUUUGAAAGUCUUCAAGUUUUCAUACUUGAUAAGAAAGAAAUGAAGGGUCAUGAGGAAAGAAUACAGCAUGUUGGGCUGAAUUGUCUGCUUUUGUACUGUGAGAUUCUCUAAUAUGCCAUAAAAGGUGAAUGCUUAUUCUUGUCUAUUGUUGUACGUGAGAUAAUUUGAGAGACAAAAAAAUAAAUUGCUCAUGUUUUAUCUUGAAAAGUUAAAAAAAAAAUCAAAUCAAUGUAACACCUGUGAUUUUUUUCCAGUUAGAAAUAAGGAUUACCAGCUUUCAUUUUUCACCACCAUCUCCGUUCUCCAUUGCAUGUGUGUCACAGCAGCAACCUGGCCAUGAAUUAAUAGAAUCCCUUGAGGGAAGCACUCAGCUUCCAAUUCAUUGAUAUAUGCCUAAGGUCAACAACACCAUACUAUCCGUAAUAAUGCAAUUAAAGUCUGCCAGAAUUUUAAAAGCGUUUCCAACUAGAACUGCUUUCAAAACAUUCUAAUUUUAUAGGUUCUUUAAAUAAAAAUGGCUUUCCUUGAAAAUAUCUAUGUUUCCAGUACAGAGUCGUCGUUGAAAGGAGAAUUCUCACAACAGUAUUGUGGCCUUGAAGAUCCAACACUGCAUGUAUUCGAUAAUUUUAUCUGUAUUGUUAGGACUCUUAAUAAUCAAUCCAGACAUUCUACCUAAUCUGUGAAUUCUGAGUAAAUGCCAAAUACGUCUCCCAUUGGGUUUUAUCAACUAA